AUGCCCAUGCCCAGCCGAGGAGGCUCUUGCAGUGGGAAGUUUGGCAUUGCGGAGUCAGUGACACGAGCAAUGACAGCUUGUGCAAGGAGGUCUAACAUUGUUGUUGGCUUGAUGGAAAGAUCACCAGAUAUGACAAGGUGGUUGCGGCGGUCAAGCAAAGGGCAUAAGGCGGUUCACGGCUCAUCUCCCCACCACCAUCAUCACAAACAUGACCUUCAAUCGUCAUCUCACCACCACCACCACCAUCAUCAUCAUCGCCAACAACAUGACCUCCACUCGUCUACGUCUGACUAUCCCGAGGAGGAACCCACGUAUGCUUUCAACCCGACGAAGCUGUUCGUGUUCGGAGACUCAUACGCGGACACGGGGAACCUGAACAGGUUGGUGGGAAGGUCGUGGAAAGUGCCUUACGGCAUGACCUUCCCCGGUUAUCCGCUGGGGCGUUUCUCCGACGGCCUUGUCUUCACUGAUUUGCUCGCUAAAUAUUUCGGAUUGAAGUCGCCCUUACCAAUUCAAUGGUGGCCGCUAGACUACUGGGAGCAUGCCACUUUCGGCACGAAUUUCGCUUAUGGCGGGACCGGGGUGUUCGACACAGCGAGCUCCGACCCGAACAUGACGGCCCAAAUCGAUUGCUUUGAAGGUAUGAUCAGAUCCGCCAUCUUCAAGGUCGCCCUCACCCAGUCCUCUGUCGCCUUGGUCACUAACUCCGGCAAUGACUACGAUUAUUACUUAGCCAAUGGUGGCCAGAUAUCGGGGAUGGUGCUCUUCAUCUACAAAGUAGUGAAUCAACUCGUUGCGAAUUUAAAGCGCCUGCACGCACCGGGCGUAAGGAAGAUCGCGGUCGCGGCUCUACAGCCCUUGGGGUGCCUUCCUCAAGUCACCUCCACAACAAAAUUCCAAAGUUGCAGCCAGGACGACAAUGUACUCGUCAAAUACCACAACUCGCUAUUGCAACACGCCGUGGAUAAGCUAAACAAUGAAACUAGCCCUUCCACUUUUGUCAUGAUCGACCUUUACAGUGCUUUCCACUCAAUCAUCGUGAAUUCGACGACCUUUAAGAAUCCAAUGAAGCCAUGUUGCACGGGAGUGAGCAGCAAGUACCUGUGCGGGAAUGUGGACGCGAAUGGGAUGAAGAUGUACACGGUGUGUGACGAUCCUAGUACUCACUUCUUCUGGGACACGGUUCAUCCCACGCAGGCUGGUUGGGAAGCUGUGUAUUCGACUCUCGGACCAAAUCUCGACCAAAUUAGGGUUUGAAAGCUUCAUUUAUCCACAAGCUUAGUUUGUUCGGUUCUCUUCUAGUUUCUUUAGGAAUAUUAUGGAAUAUGAAUAAAGUGGUUAUUUGAUGG